UUUCUCUGUUGGGCAGACUUCAAGCACUCCUGGAUCAACUCGGGCACCAAGGCCUCCAACUUAUUUCAACUUACCAAUGCCUCCACCUAUUCUUCCUCAAAACAUUCCCUUACCGCCUAUUCGACCAUCAACUUUUAAUGCUAUUAAUUUUGGUUCAGAAUUAAAUGUUCCUUUACUGCAGUUCGAGACAAGAAUGUGUACAAAAUGUAAUCACCCAAUCCCAGCUAUUUGGUUUGAUUCUCAUGUUAAAGCUUGCCAUCAAGGCAGAAAAAGAAAGUCGGAUAAAUAA